AUGCCCAGGAGCGUCUUGAACUUGGAGCCAUCCUCGGGGGCCUUCUCGGCGGGCGCGUUCGACGGUGUGGCGGCCCGUGACGUAUCUUUCGAGUUGAGCGCCGAAGCUGCGUUGGAACCCGGGCGGGCGUUCUCUGCGGAUAGAUCCGCCAUGGUCGUUGGCAUGUGCUGCUCUUGCAAGAUGGAGAAGAUGAAGGAGAAGACGAUGUUGGUCCCUGGUCAGACUCCCAGGACUAGCAGUGAUGUCGUAGUGAAGUGUGGCAGUGCGCUUCAAACCGUCUCAGCUUGGCGCGCCUGA